AUGAACAAUCAAGGCCAGCCUGGCCAGGCCCCAGCCGGUCAAACCGUGCCCAGUGCGCGACAGCCGCCCAUGUAUCGACCCGAGAUGAUGCGAAACCUUCCCAUUCUCAAUGAUGAGGAGAAGCAGAAAUACGAGAGGGGUCUGCGCCAGCUCUGGAACCACUACGAAACCCAUCCAGAGGAGUCCGCUCAACACCAAGACGCCAAGAAGAAAAUCCAGGACUUCACCAAGAUGCUCUUGAACAAGCUCCAGCAACGCCGGAUGCAGGUCCAGCAACAGCAGCAGGCUCAGCAGCAAGCCGCUCAGCAGCAACAGGGUGGUCAACAGGCUCAGCAGCAACAGAGCCAGCCUGCGCAGUCAGCCGCCCCCGCGCAACAGGCCCAGCCGGCUCAGCAGAAAGCACCAGCUGCGGCGGCCAGUCAGGCGAACGUCGGAGGCGUCACCAUCAAGACCGAACCGAAGACCGAGAACACAGCGACGACGACGGCAGAGCCUGCACAUGCUCCCACACCUGCGCCCGCUCCAGCGGCGGCCGUGCCAACUCCCACCGCGCCACAGCAAGCGCCGCAGACGACGCAGUUUCCGGACCAUAUCCUGGCGCAUAUCCGACAGAUGACCUUCAACCCGCCUCAGGGGAUUCUAGACAAGGGCCAGGAGGCGGCUGCUAGAUGGUCCAACGACUUCAAGGCCAAGUACCUGAGGGCGCUGAUGCAGAUGGAUCAGCAGGGAAUUCAGAUACGGCGGAUCGAUGCGCAUGUUAAGAACCAACAGGAAAAGGGUGCACUGGGCGCAGACGAACAGAAGCAGCUUCAAAUUAGGAGGGAUCAUGCGCAAAAGAUGCAUACCGAGGCACAGACCUUUGUGCAGAACUUUAGGAAAUCUCAGGAAGGCAUUAACAAGGCAAGAGCGGCCGUGGCAGCAGCUGCCGCGGCGGGGCAGACAGCGGCAAGUGCAAGCGCGGCUGCACAACAGCGACCACCUUCUCAACAGCAGCAACAAAACAGCCCAGCCGUCGCGACGUCGCAACCUCCAUCGACGCAGCCGGGUGGUGCUCAAGCAAGCCCAGCACCGACGGCCCAAGGCACUCCGGCAACACAGAACGCGCAGAACCCCACCACAGCAGUGAAUGCCGCGAUCGAGGCAGCCAAGAAUCAACAGAUGGCCGCCGCUGCCGCCGCAGGUCAAGGCACCCCCCCUCAGCAGCAACAGCAGUUGCCUCAACAACAUCAGCAACAGGCACAACAGCAAUUGCAGCAGCAGCAGCAGCUUCGACAACAACAACUCCAGCAGCAACAGGCUCAAGCUCAGGCUCAGGCUCAGGCUCAGGCUCAGGCUGCUGCGUCCUCUGCCCCGACACCGACUACUUCUCAACCUCCCCAAGCUCAACAGCCCAUGGCUUCCGCACCACAGCAAACCAUGAACCAAGGCCAACAUCACCCUCCGCCCGUCAACACUGCUAUCGCGUCGGUCUCUGCAGGCGGCGGACUUCCCUCGGCAGGCACUCCCACCCAACGGGUUGCGACUCCCCAGUCUGCCGCUCCUGCCGGCCCUGGCCAAGCUCUCAGCCACUCGGCCGCCGUCUCCCGCGCGAACCAGCGCAACUCCCAGACCUCAGUCACUGUUCAGCAAGCCACGGGCACUCCUGGCUCGGCCGGCGCACACGCUCAGGGUGUCAUGGGAUCUGGAGCUGUUCCGCAACAACAACACGCGCACCCGACACAGCCAACUCAAACAUUGCAAUCUAAACUCCCGAUUCCUAAGCAGCUUCCGGAAAAGGCUACUGCCGUGCCUCAACCCGUAGCGAUGGCUGGUGGUGCUGGCGCCGGGCGUCCUACUUACACGGGCGGUGGCGGUAUUGCCGGAGGUGUCAUGGGCCAACCCGCGAUAUCCAAGAUCCCCGCGUACACUCAUGAGGCCGAGGGCGAUCAUGUCCUCAGCAAGAAGAAAUUGGAUGAGCUCGUGCGGCAGGUCUGCGGCGGAAACGCCGAAGGUCAGGAGAUCAACAUGUUGACUCCAGAAGUUGAAGAGAGUGUCCUGGCCAUGGCAGACAGCUUCGUCGACAACGUCCUGGAGACGGCUUGCCGCAACGCCAAAGAGCGAGGCUCAAAGGUUCUCGAGAUUCGCGACAUUCAGCUCGUCCUGGAACGCACCUACAACAUCCGUGUUCCUGGCUACUCCUCUGACGAGCUGCGCACCGUCCGCAAGAUCCAGCCUUCGACGGCUUGGAUCACCAAGAUGAGCGCCAUCCAAGCCGCCAAGGUCACCUCGGGCAAGGGCGAGUAUACGACGAAGAGUGUUCGAUUCAAACAAGAAGGCGACGGAUCGUCUCGUACAUCGCCAGCCAAGACUGGCUCAUCCAAGGCAAGGCCAAUCAAAGCCGCAUCUCCAGCCAAGAGGGCCCCAUUUUCGGGAAGCGGUCUGACCCAUGCCACCGGUACUCCCCUGAGGCAGUUCCCGGUUGACGGCAGUAGCCCGCAGGUGGACUUGGCCACGGCGAAACAUAUGGAGAUCAACUUCCUCCCGGCAAAUAAAUAA